AUGGCGGGCGCGCCCCUGGUUAAGACGUGCAGGGUCCCCGCGCGGCACGGUUACGCUGUAGAGACUUCUCCUUAUUUCGCCACUAGACUGGCCUGCGCUGCCUCGCAGUACUACGGAAUAGCAGGUUGUGGAACGUUAUUGGUGCUGGAACAGACAGAAACUGGAAUUGUUCCUUUUAGGAGUUUUGACUGGAAUGAUAGUCUGUUUGAUGUGACCUGGAGUGAGAACAAUGAACAUGCAUUGGUCACCGGAAGUGGAGAUGGAUCUUUGCAGCUCUGGGACACAGAAAAUCCCCUCGGGCCUGUACAAGUCUUCAAAGAACACACUCAAGAGGUUUACAGCGUUGAUUGGAGCCAGAACAGAGGAGAACAUCUGAUAGUGUCUGGCUCAUGGGAUCACACUGUGAAAGUAUGGGAUCCAAUGGUCAAACACUCCCUGGCUACAUUCAGCGGGCAUGAAAGCGUCAUUUACAGCACAAUAUGGUCGCCACAUAUCCCAGGUUGUUUUGCCUCAGCCUCAGGUGAUAAUACUCUACGCAUCUGGGAUAUGAAGAUGGCAGGAGCCAGAAUAGUCAUCCCUGCUCAUCAAGCAGAAAUACUGACUUGUGACUGGGGUAAAUAUGACCAGAACUUGCUUGUUACUGGAGCAGUCGACUGCACCUUGCGAUGCUGGGACCUGAGGAAUGUUCGACAGCCAAUACAUCAUCUUGCUGGCCAUUCCUAUGCUAUCCGAAGAGCCAAAUUUUCUCCAUUUCAUGCUUCUGCACUGGCCUCCUGUUCAUAUGAUUUCAGUGUCCGGUUUUGGGAUAUUUCCAAGCCUGACUCAUUGCUUGAAACAGUGGAGCAUCACACCGAGUUUGUAUGUGGCCUUGAUUUCAACUUGCAUAUCCCUGGUCAGGUUGCAGACUGUGCUUGGGAUGAAACUGUGAAGACCUAUACCCCAGCUUGCCUCACAGUUGGUCAUUAAACUUGAUCUCACAGGAAGACCUAGAACAACAUGUCUAGGAAAAGAUUGAUUUUUUUCUUUGAGUGUAAAGACCCAGGAACUUGACAUUCGCACAAAGAAAUCUACCAUCUUCAACAAAUUGAUGAAUAUUACGGAUUCAGACGGGAAAAUAAGUUUAUGUGUUUCUGCAUCUGUGGAUCAAUUGCACUUGGGAAAGGAGAGCAAUCAUUUUAAUAUAGUUCUAAAUGAUUUAAAUGACCAUAAAGUCUAAGGAAAUGGUACAAUGAAAUAAAUUUAGUUUUAUCUGUACAUAUUACAGAGCAUAACAGGAAGGAAUUGGGGGAGACUAAUCCCAGCAGAUUUUUUUAUAUAAAAAUCUAUUUUAGUUAUAUGGGGUCAAUAUAACUUUGUGAGUCAGCUUGGCUCAGUUAGCACUCUCACCUCCGAGUCAGAAGUUUGUUGGUUCGAAACCACACAUUGGGACUUUAGAUUCAAAGCUGCCAAGUCAGUACAGUGCGAGGGGAGUGCUGCAUUGUUGGAGGUGCCAUCCUUCAAAUGAGAUGAUAAUAA